AGGGACAGAGGAAAGAGAUGAAUAGAAGGCACCAGAACCACCUACCAUGACCAAGUGCGCUGUAAAUGUAGGACAGAAAUUCGAGUGGAAUACAAACGGAUCAUCAAGCGACAUAUUCGAGGGAAAACCAUGUUUGGAUGUGCCUUAUCUGACUCCAAUCUUUUUAAAUAUGGUACCACAUGCGAUCAUUGGAACACAGGAAAAGUAUUUUUCCUCCCAAACAUUUCUUGCAUUUUGAAACGGAAAAGACGAGUGGCAGUAAAAUACAUCCCUGUGCUAUCUUUCUCCGAGUGUCAAUGGACCAUGCUUGCGUGAGGGAUGAGGCUGUGCACAGGGACACCAGGCCAGAGCUGCGGCCUACUUCUCACAAGAGCCGGUCUCUCGACUGCAAGAUCUGUGAACACAUUGCCACCAUCAAAUCAGCAUCUUUGGUCAUCAGGUAGAUCCAGGAGCAUGAGCAGGACUUUGAGCUGCGGGAGCAGAUGUCUGGGUAUAAGCGCAUGCGGCGGCAGCACCAGAAGCA